AUUCAAUGGAUCCUGAAAAUGAUUAAGAAAUCAUAGAUUCUAUUUUAAAUGGUACUAAAAAUCUUUAUUUUCUCAGCUUUAGAAAGUGAUGAAGAAAGAUCAUUGUCACCUUCCUAAACAAUAUCAAAUACAAAUAGAACUUAUUCACCUUAAAUCAAAAGAUUACAAUACUCUUAGUAAUAGUACUCAUAUUAAUAGAUAUUCAAUCAAAAAGAUUUAAAGUCCUAUUAUAGAAUUCAAAUUAGAUUGUUGGACAAUAUAGCCAUUUAGUUUAGAUGAUGACUUAUAUUUAGAUGGAGAUUUAGUAUGUAUAAAUUUAAUAAAUAGAUUCUUAAAUGUAAAGAUUAAACCAAUAGCAGAAAAAUACAAAGUCUAUUUGAAAAAGGAAAUGAAGAAUAAAGAUAAUUUAUAUUUUAAAAAUUGUUACCUGGAAUUACAUCACUUGCUAAUGAUAUAUUUGGAAAUUACGUUGUUUAAAGAAUUUUAGAACAAGGUAAUCAAUUAUAAAGAGAAUUGAUUUUUGAACAUUUAUCUAAAUAAAUUUUAAUUUUAAGUUACAAUACUUAUGGAUGUAGAGUAGCUUAAAAAUUGUUAGAAUUAUCUUAUAACACUUAUAAGUUUGAAUAAAUAUUCAAAAUUAUUUAAUCUUAGAUUAGGAAUUUAGUAAUUGAUACUAAUGGGAAUCAUGUAAUUUAAAAAAUUGCUGAAUUGGUCAAAUCAUAAAAAACUGAUUGGUUAAUUGAUGGUGUAUUAGGGUAGAUUUAAAAACUAUCUAAUGAUUCUCAUGGAUGUAGAUUAAUUUAAUAGAUAUUGGAAUUAUCUUCAAUUUCAUAAGUAAUCUUAUAUAUUAACAAAGUUAAAUGAAAUUUAUAAAGAAUUAUUAGUUUUACAAGAUGAAUUAUGUUUGUCCUAAUAUGGAAAUUAUAUCAUUUAAAUAUUAUUACAAAAAGGUCCUACUGAUGUUAUUUAUAAAAUUCAAGAUAAUAUCAUUAAAAAUUUAGAGAAAUUAAGUUGUGAUAAAUUUGGAAGGUAUUCUUCAAUCAUAGAUAAAUAGCAAUGUGGUUGAUAAAAGUGUAAACAUAUAUGUUUAUAUGAGAAAAGAAAUAUUAAAAGUAUUCAUACAUAAUAUGAAUAUCUUUUAUAAAUUAUCUAAUAAUUGUUAUGGUAAUUAUGUAAUAUAGAAUUUCUGUAAAUUACUUGAAUAUAAUUAAUUAUUAAAAUUAUCAUAUGAUUCAAGUUAAUUCAAUACUCAAUUUGGUUAACAUGUAUAUUAAACUUUAUAAAAAUUGAAAAAUUGA